CUCUUCUGAUUUCUCUUGCCACCGCCUUAGCGAUAUCUUCCGGCCUUCCAUAAUUCUUCUUUGAAAAGAUCAUUAACCAGAAUGGCUCAACCGAUUGGAUUCGAUGAGGGUUGGCAAAUCGUGCAGGGAGCUCUAACAAAGCUUGAGAAAAGUAUCCUGGAAGGUAAACCUGAACCGCUGUUCACCUCGGAAGAGUACAUGACCGUUUACCACGCUAUUUACUUGUUGUGUGUCCAGAGAGAAGGGAACAAUUACUAUCAAGCUUUGUAUGACAAAUACAAGCAGGGUUUUGAAGAUUAUCUCUCGUCGGUGGUUUUGCCGUCUCUACAAGGAAAACAAGAUGCUGGUCAUGAAUCCCUGUUGAGAGAGUUUGUCAAGAGAUGGUCUGAUCACAAAGUCAUGGUGAGGUGGAAGUCGUGGUUCUUUCAAUACCUUGAUCGGUACUUUGCUAAGAGGGAUGGUAUUCCUGGCGUAACUGAAGUUGGAUUUAAUUGUUUCCGAGAUGUAGUUUACUCAAACGUAAAGGGAAAAGUCCAGGACGCUGUUUGUUUCUUGAUUGACCAAGAGCGUAAGGGAGAGCGGGAAAUUGAUGGAGCCCUAAUUGAUGAUGUUGCUGAUGUUCUUGCUGAGAUUGGGCGCGGUAGAAUGAAUCUUUAUGAGAAUGAACCAAAGUCGGUCGAGCGUGUACGACAAGCGUUAUCGUCUGUUGCUUUCUAA